AUGAGUAGCAUACUGUGGGAUUUUUUUCUUCGAGAUGAUGUCGAGAGCUUCCGGCGAUAUCUGGCGAAUGCCAGUUAUACGUCUGGCGGCCAGCGAAAUUCUGGUGGCGGAGGAACUGCAAGCUUCAAGGUCGGAAGUCCCGGAGGAUUGACAACAUCCUCUCCCAUCGCUUCCAAAAGCAGAAAGUUGAGCGGGACAUCCCCUGGGACGCCCACUCUGGAUCGAAAUGGUGCCACGCGUCCUGGCAAGAUAUUGUCCCGAGCAGAGUUGAACGCGCGAGAUCAUCACGGUCGAACUCUCCUCCAUCUUGUUGCCUCUUCCCAGAAGCCGUCUGCGAUCCAGUUCGCCGUCUCGUUCCUCGAAGCUCCCUUUCUGGAUCUGUACGCACAGGAUUGGGAGAGUGGAUGGACAGCCCUACAUCGAGCGCUCUAUGCAGGAAAUGGCACGAUAGCACAGGCCUUGAUGGCCCGAGAUUGGAGCGAUGCGACGGAUUUUGCAAAGUCAGGAAAUACGGGUCAUCCAAGCGGAGGUUUGAUUAAAAUCAAAGAUCGAGAAGGAUAUAGUCCGUUUGAUGUUUACAGUGCCACCAUUGCUUCUCGGGACAUCAAGCGCAUCAUCUCUUCCGUGGUGGCUUCUGGGCCUGUGGUCCUGGAUUCCGAGAUAAGUGAUGUGGCGUCGGACGCGCCGUCACUCGAUGAUCAAAGCGAGGAUAGCCUUGUCGGUAGAAGUUCCCUGAAGCCGCGGACGAAUCUUUCUGCCGACGAGGUGUUCACAUUCGGAAGCAACAAGAACUUGAACCUUGGCCUGGGAGAUCAGGAUGAUCGUCAAUUCCCAGUUAGGAUCACUCUCACACGUCCUGAGCACCUUGUACGACGAUUCUACCGUGAAUUUCAAGAGCGACAAGCAGAUGAAGGCACAUUGAACUCCCACGAGGAUAUGAAUCGUAAUGCAGACCUGCCGAUACUGAUUAAGAGCAAGCCUAUCAAGAUCCAGUCUAUUGCCAUGUCCAAACUUCACACCGCUGUCCUUACCAAUGAUCCUGAGUCAAAUCUCUUCCUAUGUGGCUUCGGCCCUGGUGGCCGAUUAGGAACCGGCGACGAAUCCACGCGGUUCAACUUCGUUUGCAUUGAGACUGGCGGACUCGCUCAUAGAAAGGUGAUCUCAGUCGCUCUUGGGCAAGACCACACUCUCGCUCUCACUGAACACGGUGAAGUUUUUAGUUGGGGCAGUAAUAAGUUUGGUCAGUUAGGCUAUAGCCUUCCCAGGACGCAGAAUCGGGAUGAUGUCCCUAUCCAGACGUCCCCAAGACAAAUCUUUAACCCAUUCAAGAAGGAAGUCAUCCUUGGGGUAGCUGCAUCUGCAAUUCAUUCCGUGGUUUUCAGUACCUCUGGCCUUUACACCUUUGGCAAAAAUGAAGGCCAGCUCGGACUUGUUGAUUCUGACGCACGAUCACUCGAGUUACAGGUCACGCCUCGGCGGGUAGGAGCUUCUUUGUUCAGCGCCGGGAUACAGAGCGUGUCCGCCAUUGAUCACGCCACAGUCGUUCUUCUACAGAACCAUGAAGUCUGGGUGUUCUCCCAAUACGGUUAUACCAAAGUCUCUUUUCCUUUGGACUCCAGCUCGAACUUCAUCAGAAAUAGCUUCAUGGCUACGCGCUACGACACUUCAGUCAAUUGUAUUGUGCAAGUUAAAUCUGGAGGAGAUACUAUCUGUGCAUUGUCUAGCUCUGGUGAGGUCUUCACACUACGCGUCAAUAGAUCAGAGAACCCGCCAAUCUCUGCUUCGACUACAAACCCUUCCAAAACUCGCAAUUCCUUAUCAUCUCCAGUUCGGGUAUGGGCCGUGAAAAAAUCGCAUAUGGCAGUUAGAGAUGUUGAUGUUGGACAAGAUGGGUCAAUUAUCAUCUGCACAGCGUCCGGUUCCGCCUGGACGAAAGAGAAACGAAGGAAAGCAAAGGAUGGGCUGUCGAAAGAUUAUAAAUUCUCCCGUGUACCAGGCUUAUCUCGCGUUGUGGGAGUGUGCAGCAACGCUUUUGGUGCUUACGCAGUAGCUCAGCGCGAGUGCGAUGUGACCAAAGAACAGAUAAGUAUCGAUCGAAGUACAUUGUGGGAAGACUUCCUUCCGCUAUCACCAUUUGCCUCGUUAGUCUCCAACGUCACACCGUUACAAGACAACUUCUUGGAUAUGAGGUCUGUUGCUGCAUUGAAGCGGGCGACGAUGUCAAUCUCAGACAUCGAAUCUCACUUUCAACCGACGAAACCCGAAGCUCCAGAGGGAAUGAUUUAUCUCAUGAGCUCGCUUUCUCAAGCCCAAAUCCCUGUUCAUGAAUUCGUCAUGGCUGGACGCAGUUCGUUUCUGAGAAAGGCAUUCCACGAGUUUCGACAGGCUUACUACUUCUCCGUACCCGAUGUCCUGGACAUCGAGUACGGACCUAAAGGGCAAUGCCAUGUGCGAUUCAAAGGAGUUGAUUUUCUUACGGUCUUGAAUCUAGCCUUCUUCUUGUACACAGACAGUAUGCUAGACUAUUGGCAUCAGAUGAGAACCACGACCGAAGCCGCUCUACGUUACCGCCAGGUCCGCUCUGAAAUCAUGCGCAUCGCGACGUACUUAUGUUUGCCGAGUCUGGAACGAGCUGCACGGCUGAUGAUAGAGCCUUCGAAGAGCCUCAAAACUGAUAUGAUCCGUGCCUUCAACGACCCAUCCUUUUUUGAUAGCUGUGAUGUAGUCGUUGAGCUUGAUGGUGCGACAAUGAAGGCCCACAGCCAGGUUCUUUGCCGGAGAUGCCCUUUCUUUGAUACCCUUUUCAAUGGACGCUCCAGUGGAAGAUGGUUAGCCUCGCGUCGUACUGAUGCAACUGAACGCAUUCGUGUUGAUCUCAAACACAUAGAUCAGUCUGUCUUUGGGUUUGUUCUCCGGUAUAUAUACACGGAUAUGGAGGAGCAGCUGUUUGAUGAGGUUCGGUCGAAAAACUUGGAUGAUUUCAUUGACCUUGUGCUUGAUGUUGGAUUUGUCGCAAAUGAGUUGAUGAUCGACCGACUGUCACAGAUUUGUCAGAGGUUGCUUGGUAGAUUUGUGACGACCAACAACAUGUGUGGCCUCCUUAAUUCGAUCUCGCCCUGUGCUGUGAAGGAAUUCAAAGAUGCUGCGCUGGAGUACAUUUGCCUAAAUUUGGAAGAACUCUUGACACACAGGUUGGUGCCCCACGUCCAAUAUGGUUUGCACAAGGGCUCUAACAUUUUGCAUAGAUAUCUCAAAGAGCUCGAUGCCAAUAUGCUCGAUGCUCUUGAUACUAUCUGCCAUGAAAAUCAACUUGCGAGCUUCCCGGUGUCACGAGGACGUAAUUCCGAGGAGUACAUGUUCGAGACUUACCCAGAGCUCAUCACGAUGAUACAAGCAGAUCGGCGGCGGACGAUAGACUCAAUGAGGCUUCAAACACGCCUUAGCCGUUUGGAGGGCCAAGAGGAUAGGUCACGGCCUAUCGCUGAUGAAAAGUCGGCUGUUUCGCCAUCAGUGCAGAGGACCAAAGCCAUCCUGAAGGAGAACAUAAACCUCCCUCGUAGUCCAGUUCUCAAAUCAAGACAAUCAACCAGUGACUUGAUGUUCCAGAUGGACGACGAUCCAUUGCUGUCACCAGCAGAUUCCGUGAAAGGGAAGGCGGCAGUUCGUGGAACGAGAGCUGCAGGAUCAAAUGAGAACCGGCCAUCCACGAAUUCGUCGGCGUUGGGCACCAGCCUGAACGACAGACAAUUUUACAGGAACCGGGAACUACCAGAAGAAUCCUUUCCAUCUCUUCAAGAUAACACAUUGUCUGCAUCGCCAUCAGAACUCAGAGCCGCUGCUCUUCAACAGAAACAGAAUGGCUAUCCUUCAUCUGGCACCUCCGAGACCCCUUGGGCCUCCUCGGCCGUCUCGACACCAAAGAAAGAGUUGAAAGAUAUAAUGACCGAAGCUUCGGAGAAGAGGGUGUCAAACCUCAGUUUAGGCAUGUCAGCGCGUCGUGAGAGCAGCAGCAACUCUGUUUCAAAGCUAUCUCAGAAGGAAAGAAAGAAGCUUCAGCAACAGCAGCUGCAUGAGAAGCUUGUAGCUCAGCAGAAGGCAAAGGAGGCUGUACAAAAUCCUUGGAAAGUGUCUACUCCGGUCAAGACACCGGGCAAUCCCGAUAGCCCCCUUUGUCUUGAGGCAAAGGACACCGGACCCUCUCAACCAGCGAAGCUUGGUCCAAAACCUUCUAUGACUCUUCGUCAAACAGUUGCAGGGACGCCGCCGCCUCGGUCGACACCCACUGCAACACCGUCACCUCAUCCAACCCGCGGCGCAUCUAGUGGCUCACAGCCAGUCGCUAGGUCUUCGACCUCUGGGCCAUCCUCAGCAGCGCCUGCCGCAUCCCCCGCAUCUCCUGCUUCUCUCGGUAACGCGCAACCUGCUAUUCAAUCUAUACGUCAUAUACCACGCCCCGAGCUUUAUCAAACCAGCUUCCACUCUCCAUCUCCUAACUCACUGUCCCUCGCCGCAAUCCUGAUGCAGCAACAGACUGAGAAGGAUGAACUGCGGGAGGCAGCCACAGCUAAGCAUAAUCUUGAUGACAUCCAGCUCGAGCAGCAGUUUCAAGAGUGGUGGGAUAAGGAGAGCAGGCGCGUCCAAGGUUUCCCAGACCCUGCCACUACCACCACCACCACCACCGCCGCCGACCAAACCGACAGCGAACGCAGAGGCGGCCGCGGCGGACGAGGCAGAGGCCCUGGCAACCGCAAGAAACGCGGCAAGGUCCCGGAGACCGCGGCAGGCGCUUCCGGAUUAACGCAGCAGCUUUCCCGCGUGAGUCUCGAAAAUGAGCCAAAGCAUCCUGCCCCCCGUCGAGACGGCCAGCAGCCUAAACCAAAUGGGAACCAUAUGGGUGCCAGUGGCAAUGCUCGUCGCGGUGGUAGAGGGGGCCACCGCGGAAAGGGAAACCCACGCGAUCAGAAUACCCAAGGCUAG